AUGCCGCCAAAGCGGGGUCCGCCAGCGAGCUCGAUAGCGGCGAGUAAGAAGGCCAAGACGGGACAGGCAUCCAUUUCGUCCUUCUUCUCCCCCCCUCGCAAGGCCGCUCAGAUCGGAAACGCCAAGGGCAAGAGUCGGCAGCGGGAGCCAAGCGUGAUCAGCAUAUCUGACUCGGACGACGAUGUGAUAGCUGUGGACCAGCCACAUGCUCCUUCCAACUCCAAGGAAUUGGAGAGUGAUGAGGCCAUGGCGAGACGGCUCGCUCGUGAGUGGGCUCAAGCGGACGGGGUGCACGAAGCCGGCGAUGGCGAGGUGGAGGUCGUGCUCGCCACCGACGAGGCGACGGAAGCCAAGAUGGAAAUGAACAUCAAGAGCAAUUCCCCAGCACCACCUCCGACCCCCCCGGUCAAAGUUCACCCUCUGUUCGCUGGAUCCGAUACAAAGCCCAAGACUCCCAACAAACCACUUCUAUCACCCACCAAGCCCCUGGCCCAACACAACGCUCAGGCAGGCCCAUCUCGACUGGCACCGCUCGGCCGAGCCGACCCCGCACCCGCGAUCGAUUUCGACAUCGACUCUCUCCUCUUCCGUCCGGAGGAGGUCGAUGUCGCCUCGACACGCUCUCGCCUGACGAUUGUGCGGGUCUUGACCAAUUUUCUGCACCUUCUCUUUGUGGUAGCUCCUCAAGACCUGACUCCGACACUAUAUCUCCUCUCCAACCACCUCCGACCCGCAUACCUUCCCUGCGAGCUGGGUGUCGGUUCCAUGGUCCUGUCGAGAGCAAUCAAGGAAGUCUCCGGCCUCCAAGGCAGCGACCUCAAACGCCUCUGGAACAAAUACGGUGACCCAGGUGAUGUUGCAUAUGAGGCCAAGAGCAACUUGCGCACCCUUGUCACUCCCGCUCCGCUCGUGGUACAUGAUGUGUAUGCGCGUCUCCUCAGCCUCGCAGGCAUCAAGGGCCAACAGAGUGGUAAACUCAAGGGCGACGUCGUCCGCAAACUCAUGGUCCAGGCCAAAGGCGACGAGGUGCGAUAUCUCGUUCGCUCGCUGGUGGGAAACUUGAGGAUCGGUGCUGUCCGCCUCACUCUCCUCACUGCGCUCGCUCGGGCGGUGACUCUAAAGGCUUACCCUCGUGACCGACUGGGUGCCGUACUGCCUCUACCCCUCAAGGGCAAGAAACCGACAGACCCGGCACGUGAGGCUGCAGAAGCGGCGUGCAUGGGGUCUGUCCGGCUCGUACGCCGUGUCUACGUCCGUCACCCAAAUUACGGUGACAUGGUGCGCGGUCUCGAAAGUGGGCUAGAAGAUCUCGAGGCGCGCGUACCUCUGAGUGUGGGUAUUCCCAUCUCACCGAUGCUUGGCUCCAUCACGCGUUCCAUCGAUGAAGUGUUUGCGCGCCUCGGCUCGCUGCCUUUCACCGCCGAGACCAAGCUGGACGGCCAACGCCUCCAAAUGCACGACAUGACCGAAAAGUAUCCGGACGUUUGCUCUCUUGCUCUCACCCUUGUUUCCCGUUUGCUGAGGGAUUCGCCGGCUUCGUUCCCCAGUUCAGCAUCUUCCCCCUCCGACGCUGUUGCCGACCUUCUCAAAACCAAGCAAAUCACAUCUCUAAUCCUUGAUGCGGAGAUUGUGGCCGUCGAUAAGGAUACGGGUGCCAAGCGUACCUUCCAGGAGCUCACCAAUCGUGCCAAGAAGGACGUCAGAGUCGAAGAUAUCAAGGUGGUUGUGGAGGUGUGCGCAUUUGACCUUAUGCUCCUGAACGAUGUCCCUCUCCUAUCGUCGCCGUUUUCCCAUCGCCGGCAUCUCAUGCGCACCCUUCUUCCCUCAUUCGCGGACACGACCAACCCUAUGCUGGCACGCUUCUCGCAUGUGGUCAGCAUCGACUCGGCAGACAUCAACGGCCCCGCCGAUUUGCGCAAGUUCUUCGACAGCGUAGUCGAGCAAAAGGCCGAAGGUCUCAUGGUCAAGCUUCUCGAAGGCGAAGUAGGUGCCAUAGACGAUGUCAUCGACGUGGAUGCCGGCGAGGAAGAAGCGGCGCCUGGUGACAAGUCCCGCAAGAAACCUCUCCCGGCGACGUACGAGCCGGACCAGCGCUCAAUGGGCUGGCUCAAGGUCAAGAAGGACUAUCUUGAAGGCCUUGGCGACUCGCUCGAUCUGGUCCCCAUCGGCGCGUGGCAUGGCAUGGGCCGUAAGGUGGCAUGGUGGUCCCCCAUCCUUCUGGCAGCACGAAACCCCGAGUCUGGAGCCCUCGAGGCAGUGUGUAAAUGCAUAUCCGGCUUCUCGGAUGCUUUCUACAAGGCUCUUCACCUCCGAUAUCCACCCGAAGGCGAGCCGGACAUGUGCACUCGUGCUGGUCCCCUCGGAUACAUCGAGACUGGCGGCCUGGUCCCAGACGUGUGGUUCAAUCCGAGCGAGGUGUGGGAGAUCCGAGGCGCCGACAUCACUCUUUCACCUGUAUACCCGGCAGCAGCAAGUUACCUUGGCGGCGAGCGCGGCUUAUCUCUCCGUUUUCCCCGCUUCAUCCGCAAGCGUGAUGACAAAGGACCCGACGAUGCGACCACCACAGAAGAGUUUGCGGACAUGUUCAGGCGACAGAUGGCGCGGCCACCUGCUGAGAGGGUGGUCGUGGUUGCUGGACGGGAGUCCGAUGGGGAGGGUGAGCAGGAGGAUGAGGAGAACGAGGAGGGAAGAACUUAA